AGUUUGAGGGCAAACGUUUGAGAUUCUGCAUGAAAAAAGUUACUUCUUCAUCGUCGAGAUCACCACCAUGAAGAUCCUGCAAUUGGCAACUGUGAUUUGUGUUUUACUACAAGUCCUCACAACUCUUUCGGCAUUAAAAAACGUAUGCAAACACAAAAGAAGACAACUGACACAGGGACAAAGCCUGACGGACUGCUACACAAUUACAACCUGCAACGAGGGGGGCGUUUUAUCGCGAAAAGAGUCAUGCCCGAGGUACAUCUGCGCUCAUCAUUUACGCGGCUACAAACAUUUCGAUCACCGCAAGCCUUAUCCCGAAUGUUGCGGGGGUCCCAUUUGCGACGAUGUUUAUAAAUCUUACUAUUACAUACCCUAAGGGGUGAGCGAUUGAG